AACGUGAUGGAAGAUCAAAAGAUUGGUGUUCAUGCUAUUGCGCUAUGCUUUAGGCUCUGUAGACAACAUGGCUAUGAGGUCUCCCAAGAUGUGUUUAAGAGAUUCAAGGACGAAAAUGGAUACUUCAUGGAAUCCCUAAGCAAGGACAUCAACGGAUUGCUAAGUUUGUAUGAAGCUUCUUACUUUUCAUUUGAUGGAGAAAAACUGAUGGAAGAGGCCAAAGUAUUCACAACCAAACAUCUGAAGGAAAAGAUAGCGAACGAAGACCUUGUGGAACAAAUAAAUCAUGCACUGGAAAUGCCUUUGCAGCAUAGGAUGCUGAGGCUUGAAGCAAGGUGGUAUAUUGAAGCUUAUGGUAAAAGUAAAGAUGUAAAUUAUUUGCUACUUGAAAUGGCUAAGUUGGAGUUCAACAUGGUGCAAUCUAUGCUUCAAGGAGAGCUCAAAGACAUGUCAAGGUGGUGGGAAGUUAUAGGCUUGGGAAAAAGGUUGAGUUUUACCAGGGAUAGAUUGAUGGAAUGCUACUUUUGGAAUGUGGGCAUGAUUUUUGAGCCCAAAUUCAGUGAUUGUCGGAAGAGUUUAACGAAAUUGGCAGCACUUGUAACCACCAUUGAUGAUGUCUAUGACGUCUAUGGAUCAUUGGAUGAGCUUGAACUAUUCACUGCUGCUGUUCAAAGAUGGGAUAUAGAGGCUGUGGAAACCCUUCCCGACUACAUGAAGUUGUGCUUUCUAGCUCUCUACAACACUACCAAUGAAAUGGCUUAUGACAUUCUUAAACGAAAAGGAGUUAACAUCAUCCCACACUUAAAAAGAGCGUGGGCAGAUUUAUGCAAAACAUUCUUGAAGGAAGCAAAGUGGUGUUCAAACGGAGAGAUUCCAACAUUUAAGGCAUAUCUUGACAAUGCAUUGGUUUCAUCAUCGGGGGUGCUUAUAUCAGUUCAUGUCUACUUCUUAUUGACUGAAACUAUUACAAAAGAGGCUCUGGAGUGCUUAGAGAACAAGUACCAUCCUCUUGUGGAGUGUUCAUCUCUCAUUUUCCGUUUUUCCAAUGAUCUGGCCACAUUCAAGGCUGAGUUGGACAGAGGUGAAUCUGCAAAUUCAAUUCUCUGUUACAUGCACGAAACUGGAGUUUCUGAACACGAAGCUCGAAAGUACAUAAGCAGUUUGAUCGAGGAAGCGUGGAAGAAGAUGAACAAAGAACAAGUAGCAGCUGAUUCUCCAUUUGAGAAACCGUUUAUUGAAACGUCUUUUAACCUUGCUCGGAUCGCCCAAUGCACUUACCAAAACGGAGAUGGGCAUGGAGCUCCGGAUAACAAAGCAAAGAACCGGGUUCUAUCUGUGAUAAUUGAACCCAUUACACUCGUGCAGAGACUUCAACACCGGUCAAAUUUGUUAGCUACUGCUUCUUAAGCUAAUUAAAAAGAGAAUAAAAGGUUGGAAAAUUUGUGAGCUAGUGUUUCUUGAGGUAAAGAGAAGAAUAAAAGGUUGGAAUUUGUCUUUUUUAUGUGUUAUACGAUAAUGUAACUUACCGGUACAAGAUACUGAUCCUACAAAUUGCAUGUUUUCCACUUUAAUUAAAAA